GAGAUAAAUUUAUUUGAAAUUCUAAAAAGUGAUGAUAUUACACAUUAAUCAGGUGAAAUGUAAAGAUAUAAUAAUUAAUUUAAGAGAUAACAUUUAAUUUUGGCUUUUGAGACAAAGGUAGAAUUACUAAUUUUAUUAAAUUAUAACGAAGAGUAAAGUUGGAUUUUUUGAUUUUUUUUCAUUUUAUCCUUUUACUCAAUUUAAUGUCUACAAUUUGCUAUGACCUUUCAACCUUGUUCCGAAGAGAAAAGCAUUUAAGAGCCACCUAGAUGCCCUUAGCCCAACUCGAUUCAUAAAUCAUGGAGACCACGGAGACCCAAAGUGUGCGCACCGCCGUGAAGAGGGCUCUCCUGCUGCUAAAUUGCGCCAUGCUGGCGCUCGGCUGCUGCGGCGGCCCACUAAUAAUGCGCCUCUACUUCCUUCACGGCGGCAAGCGCAUAUGGCUGUCCAGCUGGCUCGAAACCGGCGGCUGGCCGAUCAUUCUCCCCCCCCUUGCCGUUGCUUACAUGCAGCGCCGCCGAGCCGCCGACGGCUCCUCCGCUAGGUUCUUCCUCAUGAAGCCUUCCCUCUUCUUCGCUUCCGCCAUCAUCGGCAUCCUCACCGGCCUGGAUGACUGGCUGUACGCCUACGGCGUAGCGCGCCUUCCCGUGUCCACAUCAUCACUGAUCUUGGCCACCCACCUGUCCUUCACGGCGGGGUUCGCGUUCCUUCUGGUGAAGCAGCGGUUCACCUCGUAUUCGAUAAACGCCGUCGUUUUGCUGACGAUCGGAGCCGUUGUUCUGGGGGUCCACGCGAACAGCGACCGUCCUAAGAACGAGUCGAAGAAGGAGUAUUAUUGGGGGUUCUUUAUGACUCUGGCGACGGCGGCGCUCUAUGGGUUGGUACUGCCCUUGGUGGAGCUAACGUACAAGAAGGCUAAGCAGGCCAUCACCUAUUCGCUGGUGUUGGAGAUUCAGAUGGUUAUAGCUUUGUCUGCUACUGGGUUCUGCACUGUCGGCAUGCUUGUCAACCACGACUUCCAGGCAAUUUCAAGAGAGGCAAAAGGAUUUGAACUUGGAGAAGCACAUUACUAUGUGGUGUUGGUGUGUAGUGCAAUCAUUUGGCAGUUUUUCUUCUUAGGAGCAAUAGGGGUGGUCUUCUGUGCCUCUUCAUUAUCAUCUGGUAUCGUGAUUGCAGCUCUACUCCCAAUAACAGAGCUUUUAGCUAUUAUAAUCUACAAAGAAAAGUUUGAGGCUGAGAAAGGGGUUGCUCUUGCUCUUUCUCUUUGGGGUUUUGCUUCCUAUUUUUAUGGGGAGAUGAAGCAUUUCAAGAAAGCAUGCGUUCAAGUAAUUGAAAUAGAGAUGCCUUAAACUGUUAUAACAUAAUGACAUACACCAACUUCUAUCGUGGUUUUCAAAUUACGAGCAUGUCUAUAUUAAUUUUUGUAUGCACGUAAGCAUACAAGAUGACCAACAUCAUCAAAACGGUCCCAAGAGGCAAAAUGCAUCCUAUAUAAAAGGAAGGACCGAAUCCUCUUAAAA